AUGACAAGAACAAGCCACAAAAGCAUCCUCAAAAUCCCCACCAUCAUCACCACCACAUCGACAAGCACAACCCCCACAACCCCCACCAAGCCCCUCCCAAGAGUCCGCUUCAGCCCCACCGCACGCCUAAUCUACAUCCCCCGACACCACGAUGGAAUCCCAUUUCUACGCCGCCUGCCUAGAAGCUUGAAGCGCCGGCGCCGCCACCCCCACCACUCCGGCAACUGCUGCUCUCUUCCACCUGCUCCAGUGUCUCGGAGACGGAAGCUGGGAAGUGGGUUGUGGAAUUUGUGUUGUAGUUUUUGCUACAAGGGGAGGAGUGGGGGUCUUCAGAGUGUUAUUACUGAUACUGAUACUAGUAUUAGUAGUGGUAGCAGUGGCAGUAGGAGCAACAGAAGCACUAAUAUCGCUCUCAAAGAUGCUGCUAUGGCGGUUACCACAGCCACUACUACCACCACCCCUCUCACCGGGGGUGAGCUUGGUGCUUGCCUCAGUAGAAGCAGCAGCAGCAGCAGCAAAUACUCGCUUGAAAGUGUCACUCUUUUCUUGCUCGAUGAUUCGGAUGAUGCGGAUGAUGAUGCUCCUUGCCUUGAGGGCGGGGACGAGUUGCAGAGGAUUCAGUGGCCUCUGCGGCGGAUGGCUUCGUGUUGGGAGUUGCGGGAGAGAAUGCUUAGCUGUAUUGAGGAGGAAGACGAAGAAGAGUGGUGA